GUAGCUCCGAAGAAAGGACAGAAAAUGUCUCUGAAUGAGUUCCUGGGUGAUAGUGGAUCAUGGGCAGACGAAAUGGAUGCUUUGCCUACCGCUCCUGCCUUAAGGGCAGAUGGCGACGGGCCUGGACGGAGAGACGAUUACAUGUCCAAUAGAGGUAUUAGGCAGAUGGGUCCGCCCCGUGAGGAUUUGCCACUUCCCACCCAGCCCCCGUACACGGCUUUCAUCGGAAACCUUGCAUUCGAUCUGACCGAAGCUGAUUUGGAGAGCUUCUUUGGGACCUUGAAGGUAAAAUCUGUCAAGGUGAUAAAGGAUAGGGAAGAACGGCCGAAGGGCUUUGGGUAUAUUGAGUUCGAAGACUUGGAGGAUCUGAAAGAUGCCUUAGCUAGGUCGGGCUCGGCUUUAUCAGGUCGAACGAUCCGGGUGAGCGUUGCAGAACCACCGAAGGAGCGUGGCGGGUUUGGAGGGGGCUUCGGAGGUGACGAUGCUAAGUUUGCCGGCAACUGGCGGCGCGAAGGCCCGCUUCCCGACCUGCCUGACUCUCGUGACUCUUCUCGGCGCCGCUUUGAUGGCCCUCCUGGUGGCGACCGCGAGCGUCCCCCUCCCAGUCUCUCUGAUAAUGCUAGCGAUUGGCGCUCGAGUCGCGCUCCUGCCCGCGCUGAACCAGAGGCUCCGGCAAGGCGCAAAGCUCCAGGCUUUUUUGGUGCAUCGGAUGGACCUAGCGCAGCUGACAAGGAGGAGACGUGGACUAUUGGUGGUAAAUUCAAACCGAGCACGAACGGAGAGGAAGGAGGGACAGGUAGCAAGUUUGGGCGGUUUGCAGGGCGGGGAGAUGGGCCCCCACGGAAUGAUCCUCCUGCUGCCCCCGAAAGUGACUGGAGAAGCACGCCAAGGGCAGCCAUUUCCCGGCAAAGCACAUCUCCCAACUCAUCUACCCCACCUACCCCUCAAAUGGGUCGCCGAAAACUCGAGCUUUUACCUCGCUCUGGCAACGUCUCCGUGUCUCCUUCUCCUCUUGCUUCCCCCAAAAUGCCCCAUAGUGCAACUAGCACUGCCCCGCGCGCCAAUCCGUUCGGAGCAGCCAAACCUGUUGACGUCAGCGCAAAAGAAAAGGCUGUUGCUGAGCGUUUGGACAAAGAACGUGAAGUGACAAAGGAACGUCUGGCACAUCAACAGCCCAUGUCUCGUACGAGCUCACGCGCCGGCUCCGACCGUACCGGAACGCCCAAGAUACCGCAAUCAAACUCUGUACCUCCCUCACCUCGAGCGACAUCAGCAGUAGCCAGCAUCCGUCCCGCUUUCAGCUUUGCUGAUGCCGCUGGUGCGAAGAAG